AUGUCGUUCAAGGCCUUCGUGUCUGCGGACGAGGUCGAGGAGGUGCGCCGGAAGCGACAGGAAGAGUGGGAAAAGAUUCGCAAGCCCAGUGACCCGCUCCAGCGCCCCGAGCAACCGUAUGAGCACCGUUCCCUCUUCGAGCAGCUUCAAGCCAACAAGGCGCAGAAGGAGGAGGAGCGAUUGGAGGCCCUCAAGCCCAAGAAUCAGAUCUACCAAGGCCUGGAUGACGAGGAGUAUGGCUAUCUUGAAGAGCUAAAUCGCAAGGAGAUUGAGGCCGAAGAUCAGCGCUGGGAGGAGGAAGGUCGUGCCUUGCGAGAGUUUCGCCAAAAGGCCCAAGAAGCCGCCGUCAAGCCCGUCGAGACUACUGAUGCAGAUGCCGCCCCCGCCACUGGAGAAUCCCACCCAGCACCAGGCAUUGUUGCAAGAUCCACACUGAUCACCGCCAAGGCCCAGAAAAAGAAGGCUUUGUCCGGACUGGUCCGCCGCAAAUCAGAACAAGAGCCGUCGGCUGUGCAAGAUCGCAGCGCCAAGCCUGCCUCACACAACGAGCCCGAGACGAAGAAAGCCAAGGCCCAAACACCGACGCCUGCCGCUACGACCACGACCCCUGCUGGAUCUUCUCUGGCCGGACUUGUCGGUUAUGGCAGUGAUUCGGACUCGGACUAA